AUGUCCCACCCGCUUGAUAUCUCGCACAAUCUGACGCCGGUGGUGUCGUCGGGCGUUUCGAGCGCGGGAAACGCGUCCGACGACGACUACGUCUACACGGGCGACCAGGACCCGUCCACAGUGCACUACUCGUACACCGAGGACAAGAUGCUCAGGGACCAGGAGGCCAAAAUGAAGGCGUUUCACUCGAUCGCGACGUCGCCGAAAAACUCGCGUUCGUCGUCUGUGCACUCAGUGCGGCCGACGGGGCUUGAGCAUGCGUCGCCAAUGGCGGGUGGCAAGUUUGCGUACAACCCGAUCACGCACGAGAUGAGUCCGAUGGGGUCGUCGGACCGCGAGUUGUUCCGGGCUAAGGCGCGGAUGGGUAGUUUGCUGCUGAACGACCACAACUCGAUCAUUGAGGCGCCGUCCAAGGAACUGAUCGAGAUCUACAAGAACGUCCAGAGGUGUAUGCAGAUUCGCGAAAAGUACCAGAGGCUAUCUUUGCAGCGGCCACAGGACAACCCUAAAAACAAGCCGGAAUGGCGAAUCUACCCGAAUCCGCCACCACCGUUCUGGAAGAAGGGCGACGAGUACAGCAUUGAGCGGAACCCGGACCAGGGCGACCAACUGGCAGAGAAUUUCGACAUUGGCAAGGUGGACAUUCCGGGCGCAGAUCCCGAGCUGGACUACGUGCUGGACGACGAGGACGUUUUCCAGGUGGUGGAGAAAAGCAGCGGGAACAAGAUCGUCCAGAUUCCUACGAUGCGCGACUACUACAUCGAUCUCGAGCAGAUCACGGCGAUCGCCUCGGACGGACCGACCAAGUCGUUUGCCUUCAAGCGGCUGGAGUACCUGGAAGCCAAAUGGAAUCUGUAUUAUUUGCUAAAUGACCACGACGAGACGUCCGAGAGCAAGCGGAACCCGCACAGAGACUUCUACAACGUGCGGAAGGUGGACACACACGUGCACCACUCGGCCUGCAUGAACCAGAAGCAUCUGCUGCGGUUCAUCAAGUACAAGAUGCGCAAGUGUCCGGAUGAAAAAGUGAUUAUUAGAGACGGCCAGGUGCUGACGCUGCGCCAAGUGUUCGAGUCGCUGAACCUGACCGCAUACGACCUGAGUAUAGACACGCUGGACAUGCACGCGCACAGAGACACUUUCCACCGGUUUGACAAGUUCAACCUCAAGUACAACCCGAUCGGCGAAUCGCGGCUCAGAGAAAUCUUUCUCAAGACCGACAAUUAUAUCAAGGGCCGGUAUCUGGCCGAGCUGACUAGAGAAGUGUUUGACGAUCUGGAAAGCUCCAAGUACCAAAUGGCCGAGUACCGGAUCUCGAUCUACGGCCGGUCGGCAGACGAAUGGGACAAGCUGGCUGCGUGGGUGGUGGACCACAAGCUUUUUUCGCACAAUGUACGGUGGCUGAUCCAGAUCCCGCGGCUGUACGACGUGUACAAGAAGGGCGGCAUUGUGGACAACUACCAGGACCUGGUGCUCAACGUGUUCCGUCCCUUGUUUGAGGUGACGAAGGACCCCUCGUCGCACCCAAAACUGUUUGUGUUUUUGCAGCGCGUGAUUGGAUUCGACUCGGUCGACGAUGAAAGCAAGGCAGACAAGCGGUUCCACCGCAAGUUCCCGUACCCACGCAACUGGGACUCGGCAAAUAAUCCGCCGUACUCGUAUUACAUCUAUUCGCUGUACGCGAACAUUGCGUCGCUGAACCAGUGGAGAGUGCGCCGCGGGUUCAAUACUUUUGUGCUGCGGCCGCAUUCUGGCGAGGCGGGCGACCCCGAGCACUUGAUUGCUGCGUAUCUGGCCGCCGAAGGCAUCUCGCACGGCAUUCUGCUGCGAAAACUGCCGUACAUCCAGUACCUAUACUAUCUGUGCCAGAUCGGCGUGGCCAUGUCGCCGCUGUCCAACAACGCGUUGUUCCUGACGUACGACAAGAACCCGUUCCCGAGCUACUUCCGCCGUGGCCUCAACGUGUCGCUGUCGACAGACGACCCGCUGCAGUUCUCGUACACCAGAGAGCCGCUGAUCGAGGAAUACUCCGUCGCCGCGCAGAUCUAUAAGCUGUCGAACGUGGACAUGUCUGAGCUUGCGCGCAACUCGGUGUUCAUGAGCGGGUUCGAGUACCAGCUGAAGCGCCAUUGGCUGGGCGCAAACUUCGACCAGCCGGGCAGAGAGGGCAACGACAUCGAGAAGACCAACGUGCCGGACAUCCGCGUGGAAGAGAUCUGAUAAAGGCGUACGCAAACAUGGCCUAGACGGCCACAGGGGUGAGCGGCGCGCUGCCAAAAAUCCGGCCCUCGCCGGCGCGGACUUGCUGGACGACCCAGGACCGAAACUGCGGCGACAACAUUUCGUACUCGUACGCCACAAUUUCUUGGGAUGUGGUGAAUUUGCGGUUUCUGAACCAGUCCAGAGCAUUUUCCAAAUACCCCUUGUCAUAAGGAUGGACUGUUUCCGGCACCGGCAGCACGACGCGGACGUUGUGUGCGUCCGGAUGCUCGACGCUGACGUACCGCUGGGAGUUGAGGAGCCCUAUGCGGGCCUCUUCUUUGGUAAUUUUGCGACGGAAUAGAAUGUUUUUCAGUCUUGACUGGCGUGAGCCAAGCGUGUAUCUGUACUGCCGGGCCCUGCUGAGCUGCAGAAAGUCGAUGCUGGUCUCAUUGAGCUCGAAAAUGUGGCCGAUCGACAUGUUCAGCGUCAGCAGCAGAAGCGUGAACAGCUCGUUGACGACGAUCAUGAGCAACGCGGCCGGGUGCAGGAUUCGGUGCCGGCCGUAGCUGAGCACAGCCUUGGAAAAUGCAAACGUCGACACUAAAAUGUAGAAGAAAAGCAUCUCGAAGCACGACACAAAGCACAGAAACCACACGUAGUUGUUCUGCGCCACUAUUGUGCCGAUGUAGAGACAGUAGUGGUCGAAACGCGGGAUGCAGCGGCCGUGUGCGGAAGAAUGGUGUGCACGUAAUGUCUUGAUGGAGCGGCACUGUGCACACCAGAACGGCAGGCCGUCCGCGUUGCAGAGAAAGAUCUGCGGCGGCGCAAUGAGUGCCGCGU